AUGCAUGCGCUUCUCUUUCUUAAAGGUCCAGACAAAAUUCGAACAUGUGCUCAAGUAGACAAAUUAGUUUGUGCAGAAUUUCCAGAUCCAAAAGAUGAUCCUACACUUUUUGAAACUGUCAAGUGUUGCAUGGUACAUGGACCAUGUGGUGCUCGAAAUCCCCAAGCACCAUGUAUGGAAAAUGGUAGAUGUACUAAGAAAUACCCUCGAGCCUUUGUAGAAUCAACAACUAUGGACCAAGAUAGAUAUCCAAUCUAUCGUCAUCGCAAUAGUGGUCAAGUAUAUACUGUGAGAGGACAGGAAGUUGAUAAUAGGGAUGUGGUACCAUACAAUGGAUAUCUUUCUAAACGGUUCAAUUGUCAUAUAAAUGUAGAAGUUUGUGCUGGAGUGAGAUGUGUUAAGUAUAUACAUAAGUAUAUUUACAAGGGUUAUGAUCGCACAACAAUGGUUUUGGGAUUGAUUAAUGAGAUCCAACAAUAUCUUGAUGCAAGGUAUAUUGGACCACCAGAAGCUGCUUGGCGAAUAUUUGGUCAUCAUUUGCAUACAGAGAUGCCAACAGUUGUUCGCUUGACACUUCAUCUACCUGGAAUGCAUCGUGUUCUUUUCAAUCCUAAUGACUCAUUGGAAAUGAUUCUUUCUAGAGCUACACAACAAAAAUCGACUCUUACUGGCUUUUUUGAUUAUUGUGCUUCCAAUGAAAAUGAAUGCCAAUUCACUUACCAAGAAUUUCUGCAACAUUUUGUUUGGCUCAAGUCAGAACAUAGAUGGAAACCAAGAGAACAUGGAUAUGCAAUUGGUAGAAUGUACUUUGCUAGCCCUAACUGUGGUAAAAGAUUUUAUCUGCGUUUGUUGUUAACUGUUGUCAAAGGGCCAAGAUCGUUUCAAUGUUUACGUACAGUUAACAAUGUUUUGCAUGAGACGUUUAAAUCAGCAUGUGUUGCCAGAGGACUCUUAGAAGAUGAUGAAGAAUGGAUACAGUGCUUGAAAGAGGCUGCAGUUAUGAAAGCCGGAUAUCAAUUGAGGAGAUUGUUUUGUAUUAUUCUGACCCAAUGUUUUCCACUGCAACCACAUGCGUUAUGGAAUCAAUUUUCAAUGCAUAUCUGUGAUGAUCUUGCACAUAAGCUUCGAAAGAGUUUAAUUGACUUCCCGCCCAUGCCACAACCUACAGCAAAUUGGAGUGCAACAGUUGGUAACCGAUUGAUAUUCGAACAUCAACAACUACAUAAUGAGGCACAACAGACAGAUGUGCAAAUUACUAUUGAUCGCCUCAAUAAUGGACAACGAACUGCUUAUAACGCAAUCACCUCUUCAGUCUUUGAAAGUAAAGGGACUAUUUUCUUUUUGAAUGGCGGUGCUGGAACGGGGAAAACAUUUUUGUACAAUACGAUUGCAUUAAAAUGUCGCAGCCUUAGCCAUAUUGUUGUUGCCGUGGCUUCAUCUGGAAUUGCAUCAUUGCUAUUAGUAGGAGUUUGUGGGUUUAGCAAGCAAUCAUUACAGGCUGAAUUGUUUAGAGAAACAAAACUCAUAAUUUGGGAUGAAGUUCCUAUGCAACAUAGACAUUGUGUUAAGGCGGUUGAUCGCACACUUCGAGAUAUUUGUGAUUGUGAAAAGCCAUUUGGGGAUUUGAAUAUGCGCUUGAAUCAUGCAAACCUUGGAAAUGCUAUUUUUGCAAAAUUCUUGACGGAGGUUGGAACCAAUCCGCAAGAAAUCAUUAAAAUUCCAUCAACAAUACACAGAUGCCAGGAUCUAAAGGAAUUACUUUCAGCAGUUUAUCCACAAUUAGAUGUGGCAGAUACAUCAACCCCAUCAUUCUUAACGGAACGUACAAUUCUUUCUGCACGAAAUGAUGAUGUCAGUGCUAUCAAUAUUGCUGCGUUGAAUAUUUUUUCAGGGAAUACAUAUACGUAUCUUGCUGCAGAUAAGAUGGCUGAAGAUGAUGAAAUUGAUCCUUCCAUUACAAACAGAUAUCCUAAUGAGUUUUUAAAUUCAUUGGAUCUUCCUGGGCUACCAGCUUUUAAGGUAGAGUUGAAAGUGGGUUGUCCUAUAAUGUUAUUAAGAAACAUUGCACCGAAAGAUGGACUGUGUAAUGGCACAAGAUUGAUGGUAUCCAGGUGCGACACUCGCAUAAUUGAAGCUCGAAUCUUAACUGGUGAGAAGUUUGGCAAUUUGGCAUUUAUACCAAGGAUAUCAUUGACUCCGUCUUCUGCAGAAAUGCCUUUCCGAAUGACAAGACGUCAAUUUCCAGUUCGAUUGGCAUACGCUUUGACCAUUAACAAAUCUCAAGGACAAUCUGUGAAAUUUGUUGGGGUUGAUUUGCGUACACCUGUUUUUAGUCAUGGGCAACUAUACGUGGCAUUAUCCAGAUGCACAUCUUUCGAUCGUAUAAGUAUCCUCCUCCCUAAUGAUGAGCCAGAUUCCACUACAAAUAUUGUUUACCCUGAAGUUUUGUUAUGA